AUGAAGGGUGUUUUUAUAGUGACCAAAUACUGGAGGUCAUGGCGUAACUUACUACUACAACGUACACAUAACCGAACGUUUGCAGCAUUUUCAGCGGUCGAUUUCACAAACAAUUUGUCUCCUGAUGUUUUAAAACGUGGGUCUCCUCCACUAUCGAACUGUGCUUUUUCGUUUUGCAAGGAGUAUAGUCAUUCAUAUUCAGCAUAUAUAAAUGGUGGUACUACAUCGGAAUUAGCUAAAAGACGCUAUUACUCGACCGUACUGUCGAAUGGAGGUGGCAUAAAGGUCAACGACCCGAGGUCACGUACUUCCUCACUGUGGCAUAUACAUCGCGAUAUUAGUUUUUUGGGGUUUGGGUCGCCGGAGCACAGUGCAUGGAGUAAAGCGGUAUCCGAAGCAGAAAAGUUGGUUGGGUACCCUACAUCGUUCAUGAGUCUACGAUGUCUUCUUAGUGAUGAACUUUCUAAUGUUGCUCUUCAAGUCAGAAAACUUGUAGGCACCAAUCACCCAUUGUUGAAAACUGCCAGGACAUUUAUUUAUGAUGGAAGAAACACAAUGCAGACCCGUGGAUUAAUAGUACUAUUGGUUUCCAAGGCAGCAGGACCAACAACACCAACUAAUCAGUUACAGCAAAAUAUUGUCAGUGGAAUAUAUGCAAG